ACAAUUUACGUGAAAGCAAUUUUUUCAAAAAUUUUUGCCAAAAUUCGUCUUUUUUUAGCUCCAAAAGAUGUCAAAUCCGCCGCGGAAGAUCGAGCCAAGUCCCAAACCUCCUUCGCAAAAUGUUAGAUUGCUCAUGACGCCCAAAGUUACCGCUGAAAGUCAGAAAUCCGCUUCUUAUCUCGAAACGCGCUUCGAAAAUGACAUGAAAAGUUUGAUUGCGCGCACAGAUCGUUUGGAAAAUCUCGUUGAACGUCUCUUGGAAUCGAAUUUGGCGAAUAACGAGUUGAUGGGAGAGAUGCUGAAGGAUUUUAAGAUGCAUUUUAUCUCGCAACGUAUCGCAUCAAAGACUCGCGAACGAUCUGGGAGGCAAGAAACGGCUCCAAAACAAGUUCAAAUGGAAACAGAACAGGGAGAAGUCAUCGAAAUUGAGCCUGAACCGGAAAUUAUUCAAGCGCCUGUGAAGAAAACGACACCGAAUGAUUAUUUUCCCAUAGAAAUUAUCGAAGGAUCCGAGGCGGAAGAGUAUUUUGAGGCAACAACCGCGCAAACGACAAACAAUGAGUUCAUGGAGGAAGAUACGACAGUCGUUAUGGAUGAAGCACAAGAAAAAACGUUCCAUAUACCGCUCCCUACGUUCGAAGUUUUUCAAGUUUUUGAUCAGGAAUUGAAAUCGAGUGAGAGUUUUCAGAAUCAUAUGAAAGAGGUAACUGCACUCCCAAAAGGCAUGGAAUUCAAGCUGGAAGACGUCUUAACCAUCAUCAUCGACAAAAAAAUCAUCAAGAAAGUCAGUCAAAAGAACGACAAAUCCCGUUUUCAGUUGAGAAAAAGCUUUUUAUGCGAUACUUUCUUGUACGAAUUAGCUUCUCCGUACAUGUCACGGGCGGAUUACGACUUUGAACUCGAUCACAUUCUGAACACAAAACCCCCGAAAACGGAUCCCGAUGGCUUUAAUCUCCCACUCGAAACUGAAAAAGAUCUCCGAAUUCUUGACAAUCGUCUUCGAGAUCCCGCGCAUCAUGAUAAAUUCGUACAAAAUUUGAAAAGUUACGCUCCAAAUCUCACAGGAAAACCUUUAAUUGUUCUCUUAUUGAGCAAAAUUCUCAGCAUCAAUCUCAUCAUGGAGCACAAUUGGGAAGGAAAACACGGAAAAAAGAAACUGUCAGAGUACGAAGUGAUUUUUUCGGAUUGUGUCAAGGCGGCAAGUGGCAUGAAAAAGAAGGAAUUUGAGGAAGCGGCAAAAAAAGCGAUGCGAACACUGCAAAAUCGGGAACACAUUAACGCGUCACGAGCCAAAAAGAGACUCGCUGCAGCUGGAUUAGAAGCAAAAGUUGAAAUUUAAGAUAAUUUUGUUUAAUAAGCGUGUCGUAAAAAUUAUUUUUUUUUACAAUUGAUGAAUUAUUUUUGGAUUGUCAUGCUGUUAUGCGCGAAAUUCAAGGCCUCAAGUGUUUUUCAAGGGC